AUUUCGCGAUUUGACUUCGAUCGUUAUGGACUGGUACCAGGCUCUAGUCCUAGGCAGGCAAACCUCAUUUUAACAGCGGGCACCGUAACUAUGAAAAUGGCUCCUUCUUUAGUUCGAUUAUAUGAGCAAAUGCCCGAACCAAAAUAUGUUAUUGCUAUGGGAGCCUGUACAAUUACAGGAGGUAUGUUCAGUACCGAUUCUUAUAGUACUGUUCGGGGCGUAGAUAAGCUAAUUCCUGUGGAUGUCUAUUUGCCAGGCUGUCCACCUAAACCGGAAGCUGUUAUAGAUGUUAUAACAAAACUUCGUAAGAAAAUAUCUCGAGAAAUCGAUGAAGAUCCAAUUAGUUAUCAACGAGAGAAUAGGUCUUUUACUACCAACCACAAAUUUUAUGUUGGACGCAGUACUCAUACCGGCAAUUCUAAUCAAGGAUUAUUCUAUCAACCAUCAUCUAUUUCAGAGAUGACCUCUGACACAUUUUUGAAAUAUAAAAAAGUUCAGUAUCCUGCGACGAACGAAAAAGUGAAUUAAA